CUUCACUGUGGACUUGAUCCAGUAUGCCCAGAGUAACUUGGAUAGUGCCAAGAAUAAGGCAUCUUACUACUGGAAUGAGAUCUCCAAGGUAGAAGAGGAAGUAAAGGUUGCGGAGGCAAAAGAUAUGAGCGUAGAGGCGGCUGAGGGAGGAGGCGAUGUCAAAAUCUAUGAAGCGGAGCCGAAAAUGACAAUGGAGCGACGGGGGAUUCUGUUAGCUCGUUGCUUAGCUAUGCAACUUAGAAGGGGUCUCAAUAUGACGAAAGACCCAUACAAUAUGUUGCCAGGAAGUGUGCAAGAGAGACUCAGUAAUGCACAUGGGCUCUCAAAGGCUGUGUAUUCCACACUCACCGAUACCCAACGUAUGCGAGAGAUCCCAACUCAGGCCAUAGACCAAGUUAAAGUGGAGCUAGACUAUAUCCAGGAAACAGUUUCGCAUUUGGGUGAGGCACUCAACAGUAAAGCUGCAGAAAUGGUGGGUUUGAAGAUGAAUGCACGGAUGGUUGAGAAUGGUGAAGCAGAAGACGAGGAAGGUGAUGAAAAUGACUACAAUUCGGAAAAAGAUGGGGACCAUGGCCCAAAGAAGGAUGAUAUCACAGAGCACGUUUCCCUGGAAACAGUAAAUUCUGCUGACUGGAAAGGAGAAGAUGGGGAAGGUGAUGAAAAUUACUACAACUCGGAAGAAGAUGAGUACAAGGAACCAGAGAUGGAUGAAACUACAGAGCAGGUUUCCAUGGAAACAAAACAAUAUGCUGAUUGGGAGAGAGUUGAAUAUAGUGGAAAUGAAAAGGAGGAUACAGGCUAUUUUUAUUAAAUAAGAACGUUAAAUAAGCAAAUUAACUCUUUUAGAAAUUUAUACACACUACAAUAUAUGGACAAUAUUUAAAACAGCUUUGCACAUAAUAUUUUAUUAAUAAUGAAUUGGUAAAUGGCUUAUAUAUAUACACGUACAUGAAGCUUGGCAAAAAAUGUGCAUGCCAUUCAGCCAUGUCAUUGUAGUGAUUCAACUUCUAUACAUAUUAUUCCUUUAAGAUUAACGUUUCGAA